UGAGGCCAAGGAUCAAACCCACAAACUCAUGGUUCCUAGUCAGAUUCGUUUCCGCUGAGCCACGGUGGGAAUUCCUCCAAUUUUUGAGUAGGUGACACUGGUGACCUUCAAGUAAAGACUUGAAGGUGAGACACUGAACUAUACUUGUCUGGAGAAGAAUGCUCCAAGUAGAGAGGACAGCCCUAAAGCUGAUGGAUGCCACCAGCGUUGGAGGAACAGUAAGGAGUUCUGCAUGGUUGGAGCAGGUGAGUGAUGGAAUCCGAGAGGGACCAAAGGCCAGAUCACAGGAUGCCUCAGAGACCAUUAGAAGGACUGAGAGUUUUGCCGUGCACACAGUGGGGAGCACUGGAAGGGUUCUAAGCAGAGGAGUAAAAGUGUAGCUGUUUAAAGAUGCCCUGGCUUUGGGGUGGAUGUGGCUACAGAGAGGUCAUGCAGACUAUCUGGGUCACACAGUUUGUGUUCUGGUCCAGAAGUUACGGUUCUGAGUCAGGAAGGUGGGGUGGUUGUUUUGAGGUCAGGAGACUUCAUUUUAGUAGAGAGAGCAUAGCUGUGGGUUAGGAUGAAGGAUCUCUGGAAGAAAAAAGGGAUGUGGGAGUGAGAAGCACCACUAGGCGGCAACAGAGAACCAGGAGAGAGUUUCACACAGGCCUCUGGCUCCUCUGCUUUCCCUGGGGGUGAGGCCUUGGCUGUGGGCACAGUAUUCACUGCUUUGUUCAGGUGCCUGAGUCUUUGUAGUUUGAACUUCUGGGUAGAGAAUUAUGCCUCUGCUGCUGUAGAAAUGCAAAUGUUUGGAGAUAAAAUCCUUGGUUUAAAGCAGACUGUGGACAGAAUGUGGAUCAGCCCAGUCCAGUGCAGCCCUGGCCUCAAGGCUGGGGUUAGAGGAGGGGGGUGGGAGGCCGAGAGCUCAUUUGAAUUCCUAGCCCAUACUCCUCCUCACUUCUCAUUAUUCUAGAGUGAGAUGUUUCCAAACCACGACUUGCACUGCCCUCUGCUCUUGUGUUUUCCUGUCAUUAUAAUUAGCCCAGUUUGCUCUUCGACUUCAUUAUACGGGGUCCUCCAGAAGGCCGCCUUAGUGCUCUGUGAAAGUAAAGACAGCCAGCCGUGCUGUCUCAGGUCAAAGGGAAGAGGGAGUGAAGGUUUAGGGUUGCAGGGGAACACUGAAAAGACAAAUCUGUUAUUUGCACAAGUCAACCUGAAACCCUUACUUCAUCUCCACUGUUUGGAGAAGGCAGGUGAUUUAUUUUGUUUAUUCAGCAAAAUUAUCCAGCUUCCAGGAUCUGCUUCGCUUUGCCCUUGGUUGGAUAAUUAAGCCUUUUUUCCUUCACUGCGUUCACAGGGGGAGAGGAGAGGCUGGAGGAAGGGGAACAAGGUUAGAAGAACAAAAAGGAGUCAGGCAACAGGCCAGGGAGUCUGGCAGAAGGGAGAAGAGAAAAAUGAAAGAAGAGAGAGCAGAAGACAAAAUGGUGGGAGAGAAGAUGGGAAGAAAGAAAGCCCGUCACAGUGCAGCCUCUAUCCAGGGACAUAAGCCUCUUCUCACCUUUGGGCCAUCCUUGGCCUCAAGCAAGAAGAGUCCCUACCCCUGCCCUGCCACCGUCCAGCUACUGUCCUUCCUCAGCCUCAGUCAGAGAAGUGUAGCUGAGCCGUUCCUUCUGGACCAUCUGCAUUUUCACCAGGAGGAUUAACCUGGCCAGGGAUAACCAGGAAGAGCCUUGCACCCAAGGGCCAGUUGGACCUCUUAUUCUGUGAGUGUUACAGUUCCUGGACUGGGUGAGGCUGAGACCCUAAGGUAACCAAGAGAGAGGAGGGAUGGCUGGAGGUGCUGACCAGCUGGAUGACCUUGGGGCAAAUGUCUCUUCUCUCUGAGGCAUGAGGACCUGGGCUGGAUGAUCUCUGAGGGAGAGUCUGGCUUUGAGAGCAUAGGGGAAAGUACAUGGGGAAGGCUGGGGCACACUGGAGGCUCUGGGAAGGGGCAGCCAGCCAGUCCAGGUGCACUUCUGCCGCCAAUCACCUUAACUCUGCCAGCAGGAGGAAUGGUACCAGCCAUGGCCCAGCUCCUGUUCCUCCAGCUUGUUCUAGGGCCAGCUUUGGUUGAAAACUUCAAGCUCCAGCUUGCCAUCAAGAACUUCCGUACCUUACACAUCGACUUUCCCAAGGUUGACUUCGAAAAGGGUUUCCACGGCUACUGUAAUGGUCUGAUGGCCUAUGUACGGGGCAAAAAACAAAGCUGGUAUUGCCCAAAGAUCCAUUAUGUAUUGCAUGCCCCUUGGGCAGUCGUCCGGAAGUUCUGCAAGAACAGUGAGAGCUUCUGUGAGAAUUACAACGAAUACUGUACACUCACCCAGGACUCUGUCCCCCUCACGAUCUGCUCCCUGAACUCCAAACAGCCGCCCACCAGUUGCAACUACAAUAGUACCCUAACCAACCAAAGGCUCUAUCUGCUCUGCUCCAAAAAGUAUGAUGCUGAACCGAUAGACAUCAUUGGUCUCUACUAGAGAACAGAGGCUUGCACUUUGAACCACUCUCCCUACUGUCGCUACAGACCAGCCUGUCCCCACUCCUGAAGCUCUGAUUGUGGGUACAAGGUUUCCUCCCUGACUUUGAAGGCAGGCAGGGUCCCCUCCCAAGAGACCAGGGAGGUAGGAAAAAUGUCUCGAGCUUUGGCCACCAUGCAAAGUCAUACUGUCUUGUAGCCUCUUUCUAACUUGUUUGCCUUCUGCCGACCCCCCCCCCGCCACCUCGCCACCAUCCUCCCUCUCCCACAGACAGUUUUACCCACCCAAGAAGCUGACUGUGUCCAGUUGGCAGCAGUUGUCCAUCUGCUGGGCCAGAUCCUGAAUCCUGGAUGGAGUCCCAGAGCCUCAGCUCACACCAUGGCAACAGGCACCAGUUCUGUGUCUCAAAUCCCCAUCCCUAUCACCCUUCCCUUCUCAGUCUUCCCCAUUUCCCUUAUGAUCCCCUCUACUCACCCACCCACAGAUAGGUAUUUCUAGCUAUAGGAACUUCCCUGGGAGUCAGACUCACAUUAGCAUCAUUUUCUCAGGGACUCCCUCAGUUCCCAGUGCACUCCUUUCGAUGGAAUCAUUGAUUUCUUCUUCACACAACGUGUCCUUUCCGCCCUUCUUCUACCAUGAAGCCCAGUGCGGUCUCUCCCCCAUACUCCCAACCUCUUCAGUCACUCUGUAUUCUUUCUCUAAACCUCUUCUCCUUCCAUCCUUCUCACCUAGACUCACUGGAGUUUCAAGUCAUCUUCUCUGACCUGUCCCUCCAAAGAUUCUUGGAUCCCUUUCCUUCCCAAAGCUCCUCCUGACAUCUUCCAAACUCCAGAUCUGCCUCUGACAAGCCUGGGGUGGAGUAGACCACCCAGAGUCAUGAAAGGUUUUAAAUCCAUAUGAGAAUUAGGUAAAAGAUAACCAUGGGAUGAAACUGGGUGAAGGGUACAUGGGACCUCCCUGUGCUUUUUGCAUCUUCCUGUAAAUCAAGAAUCAUUUCAAAAUAAAAAGAUAAAAAAACCCAUCUAAAUCAGUUCUGAUUUCACUCGUUUCUUUUCUUUUCUUUUCUUUCUUUCUU